AUGGGGAAUUUGACCCAGCCAGUCGUUUUGGCGGUCACGGGGGAGCAGUCAUCGGCUGGAAAGCUGUUGGUCUCGGCCUCUGUUUCCGCUUUCAUUCUGCACCAGGUGUUUUUCAAGCGCGUUGAGGUUGACUUCCGGCCUGUGUCAUUGGGCGCAGGUCUUGGUGCCGCGUUCAUUAUACUAGUAUAUUGUUUUGGCUUUCUUUUGGCCUUGGCAUCUAGCGUGAGCUUCCUCCUGUCACUAUGGGUGAACAUGCUUGUUUACCGUCUGGCAUUCCAUCCUCUAAAGCAUUUCCCGGGUCCAGUUCCUGCGAAGCUUUCCAAGUUCUGGGCCGUGAAGAAGGUCCUCGACUCAAACUAUCAGUGGUAUAAAGUUGCUUUGAGUCUCAAGGCAAAGUAUGGCGAUUAUGUUCGAACGGGACCUCGAGAAAUACUUAUCUUUGACCCCGAAGCAAUCGCACCCGUGCUCGGCUAUUCAUCAAAGACGCUCAAAGGACCUUUCUACGAUUCAAUGGAAGACUCCGUCAAUACCACUCGUGACAAGGAGUUCCAUCGUAAGAGGCGUAAGAUCUGGGACAAUGCUAUGAAGACCUCUCUUGCCGACUACGCACCUCGCAUUGAAGACUUCACGGACAAACUCAUCGCACGCAUCGGAAGACACGCAGACCAGGCCAUCGUUCUGAACGAUCUCAUGAUUCAUUACAGCUACGAUGUGAUGAGUUUGCUGGCGUAUGGAAAGUCCAUGGGUUUCGUUGAGGGUAAAUCAACGGAUGUCGCUGAUUCGAUUCUGAAGAACAUCAUGGACGGUGUUUACGCGAUUGGCCUCUUGCUUCAUGUUCCUUGGCUUUUCACUAUCGUCACAACGUUUGCAUUUGCAAUUGGGCCUCUGAAGCAGUGGAACGAUUGGUCGAGACACGAAGUCGACGAACGCAGAGAGGUCAAAAACCCCAAACCAGACUUGAUGACGCACCUAAUCGCUUCCACUCCCGACGACCAUGCCGGCCGCGAACUCCUCUUCAGCGAAUCUCGCCUGAUCAUCUCCGCGGGCUCUGACACUACCGCGACUGCCUUAACCUUCCUCUUCGUACUACUUUCUCUCCAAGAACAGUCCACCACCCUUGCCAACCUCCGCGCCGAACUCGACACCGUCUUCUCCAAACCCUCCGACGACAAAGAAGCAUUUAGUUGCAUGCGUCCCCUGCCCAUGCUAGACGCCGUGAUAAAUGAAGGCCUCCGGCUAUACCCAAGCGUGUACUUCCCUAGCCAACGCGUCACGCCCGCUGCAGGAAUGACGAUAAAUGGGCGUUAUAUCCCGGGUGACACCAUUAUCUCUAUCCCAGCCUACGCACUCUCCCAUGACCCAAGAUGUUUUGAACAGCCGGACGAGUUUAUCCCCGAGCGGUGGACAACGCGGCCGGAGCUUACGAUCAACAAAACGGGAUUCAUGCCGUUCAUGACCGGCCCAUAUGACUGUGCAGGGAAGAAGUUGGCGAUGAUGGAGUUGAGAAGCGUGGUGGCGAGGAUCGUGAAGGAUUGGGACUGGAGAGUCAUCGGAGAGGAAGGAAAGAAGUGGGACCGAGAAGCGUGGUUUGGAGGCGUUAAGGACCACUUUAUUGCUGGGGCGCCCAAGGCGAGGGUGGUGUUUGAGAAGAGGGUUUGAUGUUUGGGAGCUGUUU